ACCAAACCCUCCACGGCACAACAAGAAAAAAAGAAGAAAAAAAAAAAUCCUCUAUCGUAAGAAUGAAUUCGUCAGCACUAUGUUCCUUUGUUGUGGCCGUGUGUCUGGUGAUGGUUUCCUAUUCUCCCAUGGCAGCAAACGGACAGGGGUUGGCUGAAAAAACAUGCUUGGAAAACUUAGAGUACAAGGAUGCGUGCUUGAUGCUGCUAAAGCAAGCCGAUCCAAAGAUCGUGAAUGCAAAAACCGCGGACGAAUUGGCUCAGGCAACCCUAGAAUGGGCGGUGGCAAAGUCACAAGACGCUCAAGCCUUCUUGAAGGGAUUGUCUCAGGUGGACAACAACAAAGCCAUAGUGCAAUGUGCGAACUUCGACUACGAUGGGGUGGUUGCGUCCUUCAAGAGCGCCUUGGAAGGGUUGAAAGAUGAUCCUCAAACCGCUAGCUAUGACGCCAAAGUCGCCGGUGAUGGACCUACUGGUUGUGACAGAGGCUUGGCUUCUCAAAAUAUUAACAACCCUGCUAUCACUGCUCUUAACCAACAGAUUUUCACCCUCAGCAACUUGGCCUUCAAAAUCAUCUGUAAAAUCAAGACUGAUUAAGUCAAUUCGUCACUUCAACUUGUAACGGCAAUGCAUGCGUUCGUACAUGCUCGCGGUGUCGUUUCUCAUUUUUUGUCUCCUUUGGUGUGUAGGGGAAGUGAUUUAUAAAAUCAAACUUAUUUCUUCUA